GCGGCUGGCAGUUGGCAGACCAGCAGGAAGGAUGCUAGCAUCGGUUUCUGUGUAUUCCUCGCUUCGCCGAGCUUCCUGUUGCCGACGCCUCUUCGCUCCUCUCUUCGCCGUGUGCCCUCCGGCCCGGGGGUCCCUUGGCCUACGCGGUCCGCGGGCUCUCGCGCGUCCACAGACAGGGGUGUGCGAGGUCAUUCCAAGACUUCGGGCUACCCGAACCCGUAGCCAUUUGGGCUCAGGUGAUCGCGCUCGAGUCGCCGUCAAGGGGGCCACCAGGGGGCCCUGGCCCUCCUUCCUGCGCAAAGCGUUGGAGCGCAGCGGUGCCCCAGCAUCGAGAUGCACGUCGAGAUGCAGCGGCGACCGAUCGGUAUGAAGUUGCUUCCGACCGACGAGUCAGGUGUUGUGAACCCUGAUCUUGCCUGUUGCGGCGUAUGCAUGAUGUGUCUCAAGUGUUGUGGCUGUUGCUGCUUUGUAACGGUCGGCGUAGUUAUGCUGAUCCUCAUCUGGUUGAUUGUGUUUUCUGCGGCUGGAGCGCGGACAGUUCAGGUUGGCGCCAACGGCGUCACUCUGGGUUAUAUCGUGGACAUGAGUCAGUUGUUACUGCCAGGAGCUUCAUACACGAAGGCUUGGUGCGAUGGAAACUUGGUCGAUUGCCAUGUGAAAUAUAAUUAUCCUGGGCAAGGUACAACGAGCAUCAUGGGGUGGGACGACGUUUACAACAUGGGCGCCCUGACUCCAGAGAAGGUGUGGUCGGGCGAAUGGUGGCGCGGCAACGAGCUUGGCUUCAUCAUCAACAACCCCUUCUUUUGGUCCUUGCCCAACGUCAUCAAUCCGAUGAGCAUUCAGCUGGGGUCCCUUCCGAUGCAGUAUUCGAUGGUCCGCCCGAUCGCGGAGGCGAUGUUUGAUAUAGGCAGCCCCGGAAGCGAGUCCUACUCGCGGGCGGAGUCGAUCACCAGAAGAUGGAUAGGCCAGUUCCUGGCGUCGCGUCAGACGUUCAGCGUCGGCGGCACUGACAUUAACGCUUUGGUGCACCAGAUUCUGAACGAGUAUUGCUUCAACCGCAUCGUUUCGUGGGAGUACGCGCAGGCGUUCGUGGAGGUGCAGCAGAAAGUCACCGCGAUGGCGACCCUGUCACAGAUCCUCCCUGCGUUCCUGUACGCCCGUGUCCUGGGGGCCCGGCGCUCCCACCUCGCUGCGUACGUCGACGAGUACACCGCCCUCCUGGAGCAGCAGUACUCGGGCCUGCUGAGCGGCAAGGACUGCUCGCCGAGCGAGAGCUGCGCGAGGCAGGCCGCCUUUAUGGUCUGGGACGGCAUGUACGCCGCCGGUGGUCUCUCCGUGCCCUCCGCCAUCAACACCGGCCUCGGCGUGCUCUACUCCACCGACGCGAGCAAUCCCUUCCUCGGCGGGGCCUACGCCAAGAGCCAGGCCGCGCAGUUCUACUGGGAGUCCCUCCGCUACUUCCCGCCGGUCGUCGGCUUCCCGCACUGGGAGGUGCCGCCGACCUGCGCUGGGCUGUCCGCCGAGCAGACCCUUGCGCUGCGGGCGCCCGAGGGGCGGUCGAGGGCAUGCCCCUUCGGCGCGGGCACCGCGACCGGCUACCCAGCCGUGAACCAGUACAAGGGAGGCGCGCGCGUGGUCCCGAAUCUCGCGCUCGCCCAGCGCGACCCGCUGAAGUGGGGCCCCGACGCGGGGCAGUUCGUCCUGCGGGACCUCCAGACCUACGACCACAAUUCGGUGGGCUUCGCGGAGAUGGCCGUGAACGCGAAGGUCGCUAACGGGACAAUGAACAUGGUCUGUCCCGGGAAGAGUCUGGCCUUAGUGAUUGGAUCUAUCUUUUUCGAGUUGUUCGACAGGACAGCCUGGAGGGCCUCUACGACGGCCAUCAAGUUCAAAGGGGUGACUCCUUUCGUGGAUAGUUUCGAUCUCAUCUCUGGGUCAAACUGUUUUCGAUUUCCACCAUUGGUUGUAGCAUUCCUCGUCUGUGUAAGCGGGAACGGAGUGAGUCAAUGAUACGUUACGCCUUGUGGACGCCACGUUGAAGACUGUAGAAGGAGCAGCGACUAUAUCAGAUGUGUGCCAAUGGAACGUAAACUAUUGAUUUGCACAGCGGAAGGAGCCCUUGAGAGGCUACCCUGCAAUAGUAUUGUUGUAUUUUCUUUUGCUGGAAGCAAAAUGGCGGAUACGUGUUGCGACACGGCACAAAGACAGAGCACGACGUCCGCCUCUUGUUGCAGUGUCCCAUGCGCUCUGUCGGAAUCCCCACGUGGCGGCGGGGCCUUUUUUUCUGCUGGGCAAACGAGUAUCUCGCAGUGUCUGAGCGCGUGCGCGGCUCUUCGUGCCUGGUGACGGGCACGAUUCGUUGGCACGACUGCGCGGAUCUCCUCGGUCGGCGCUGCGCCCCCCUGGCGGUGCGAACCCCUUGGCGGCGCCUCCGGCGCCACCCCUGGCGCGUUCCUCGCGCCAGGGAGGGGGGAAGGUCCAGCGCCGAGCCAGGAAGAAACCGCGCAGACAUCCGAAAGUUGAUGUUUGUGGCGUUUCCUUGUUUUUCUGAAGACGAUGUGUGAUCCUACGUGCGAUGUGCAGCCCUUUCCCAUAGUCUUCUCUCCUACCUGCUCCCUUCUCCAUUCCUCUACCCUCUACCUGCUCCCUUCUCAAUUUUUUCUCCAUUCGUCCCUUCUCCCGACCUUUCUGCGGGGCCAGCAGCAGAUGAUAUGCUGACCUUGGCCUUUGAAGCCCAUCGGAGUUGUGUUCUUGCUGAUGGUCCGACCACCCAUUGUGUGCUCACCCAACAGCGCAUCCACGCCCUCGUAGAGGAUGUGUUGCUCUGGCGGCCGAGGCGACUGGCAUCUCUCCCCGCCGCCGCCGCCGAGGCACAAAAAGCAAA